AUGAAUCUGGAGGAGCUGCUGAAACCCUUUAAAGAUGCGUCAGCAGCGUGGGAAAUAGAUAUAGCACAAAUUCUAGACGAAUACAUUGAGGAAUCAGACCUCCACAGCGAAUUUAUAGACUUCCGUAGUAUAGCUACAUUGCUUAAGGGAAGCACAAAUGUCUUUGCACGGAAAGUGGAUUAUAUCCACGACUUUGCUACAAGAAUGUUUUCAAACUGCAGCGCACACAUCCAGAUAAGACCCAAGGGAGCGCGUCGGGCCCAGCCAAGCAGAGACGGGCUUUCCGCACAGAUCGUUGACUGCUCUGAGCUACCAGAUUUACAGUCGUAUGUUACUAGUCUUUGUGGACCAAUCCCGCCCCAGAUUGCCGAAGAUUUUCUGUCACGAAAGCUAUUCGUUUCAGACGUAUGUACAGACAUAGCAAACAUUGAUUACAAAAUUAUUCCCAAGCAGCCUGCUACUGUUCUACUCGCAGGGGAGACUGAUAAUGCAGUGCCAACGGCCACACCAUUUUACCGAGCCCAUAGGGACAUGUUGACGGGAGCUCUUUUGCUUGAAACAUGGAACGCUGGAGCCCUUAUUUGUGCACUGGGGAGUUCACUCAAGGAUUGUUCUAACAGUCAGAUGGAUGUGCACUUAACUGAAAACCUUUCUGAACCAAAUCAACCAGAACGUUCAUCUGUAGCUCUAGUGGAUAGAUUUGUGGACCCUGUUCCUGUCUGCAUGGUUACUCCUAUUGCCCUUUCCUCGGUGAACAUGGGUGGGUUGAGCACACCACAUAACAGUAGGGUCGACCUCCUGCACGGAGCAACAGGUAUAGACAUUCCCGAAGAUAGGCAUGACGCUCACACUGUCGUAGAUGAGGACUUAUCAAGAGUACCAAUGGUAGAUGCGAUAACACAUGACAGUUCAACCGAAUCUACUCUGAAUCAAGCUCCAGUUGGUUUAGAACACGCUAGAAAUGACCAUAAUAAUUCAGGACCUAAAGUACCAGCUACUUCUACCCAUACACUUACAAAUCAACGCAAGUUAUUUGAUCUGUCUAUCAACUCAACAUAUCGAGACUUGAUAGACAAACUUACAGUAGCAAUUACAAAAGACACCAACACACAUAAGCAUCACGCAAAAUCGCGACGCACUUAUCUUAAUCCACGCGCCCUUCAAGUAGCAAGAGAUGCUCGGCUCAAAGAGAUUGAGGCGCACCCAGACGGAUUUCGGCAAUGUGUAAUCAAGGAGAGUCUACUCGGGGUCUGUAGCAACAUUAUUUCUUUAGGUGACAGCACCACCACCAACACUAAGCGGCAAUCUGGACAGCAAGUGAAGAGAACAGCAGCACCAAACCAACCGUCACCCGAUGCAAUACUCGUUACAAAUAUUGAUCCUAAUAAUCCCAACGAGCCCGAUGAUCUAGCUUCUGGAGCCAUCAGCGAUGGAACUUAUGAUCCACCUGUAUCUAUUGGACAGGCACACGACACCUCAGAGUCCACUUUAGUAAGAAGAGACGGCACAGCCGAACGUACCAGUUUUGAAUCUGUCAUCCAAAAAAAGAUCUUAGAAAUCCAAAGAGAGGCGGCUAUUUAUAGUACUUCUAAACCUAUUUUAAAAUGGAGUACGUACGUUGAGAAUGUACUUUCUGAUGAAGAAAGCCGACCACUGUUCAAUAUAGAAUUGCUUUUGGAGAAGUACAGGUGCGAACUUACAACAUCUAGGACACAGCUAUCAACCUUAUGCAAAUCAACACACAGUAGGUAUGACAUAGUGCGAUCGUUUGCUGCUAUUCUCCAUAUUGCUAGUGAAAAGGAAUGCGUGCUAUCCAGUACAGAAGACGGCGACGUUAUUAUAAAUUAG